AUGGCAAGCCCGGCUAAGAAACGGAAACUGAAUACAGACACACAAAAGUCACCCGGUAAAGGGCUGGAGUAUUUCUUUGCCAAACAAAAGCAGAGUCAGGUACCACAAGCCCAAGUCGAUGCGGAUCGUUCUAUUGGCGAGAACAGUCAAGCUUCACACACCCUGACAGACGAGGAGCUCGCCAGAAAACUGCAGGCCGAAUGGGAUAAUGAAGCAAGGGUGUCGGAGAAUGAUGCCUCAAAGAGCAUCACAAAUGCGGUGGACGGAGAGCUUGCGACUUCUUCGGAUACUACAACCAGAAGCCCAACGCCCUUUACCAAACCAGCGUUGGUUUCGGGGAAAGGGGCAAGCAAAAACACGCUGUCUUUACAGUCCGUAGCGGCAGCGGAAGAUGCGGUUUCCUCGUCGAUGCCCCUGGACGAAAGCCCUCUUACCUUCGAGCCAAGCCAGUACGUCUCUCUACUGCAGGAACACUGGAAAGCGGAGGGCGGCGAUGCGUCAUAUGCGCUUUUGACAAGAUGCUUCGUGCUUGUGAGUGCGACGCAGAGUCGCAUCAAGAUUGUUGAUACAUUGGUCAACUGUUUACGAGUGUUGAUUGAGGGCGAUCCUUCGAGUCUUCUGCCAGCUGUCUGGUUAGCAACAAAUUCCAUCAGUCCUCCCUAUAUCUCCAUGGAGCUCGGCCUGGGCGGUUCUGCAAUUUCCAAGGCCUUGAAACAGGUCUGUGGUCUGGAUAAUCGCGGCCUCAAAUCAAUCUACGACAAGUACGGCGACCCAGGAGAUGUAGCCUUCGAAGCAAAGAAGAAGCAGAGCUUUACUCUGCGAAAGCCCAAGCCUUUGACUAUCAAGAACGUAUUUCAGUCCCUCGUCAAGAUCGCAAACAGCCAAGGCCAAGGCAGUGUCGAGACCAAGCAAAGGUUUGUUGACAGAUUGCUUCAGGAUGCCAGGGGUGGGGAGGAGAGUCGUUUCAUUGUUCGCACUCUGUGCCAACAUCUUCGAAUCGGCGCAGUUAAAACAACGAUGCUCAUCGCAUUGUCUCGCGCAUUCUUGCUAUCGCGGCCACCCGGGGUUGACUUUUCGAUCCGGGACCGGAAGGACCUCGCAGCUCUAAGGAAGGAAGAGCUGGCAGAGAUUUAUGGCAAGGCAGAAGAGAUCGUGAAGGCUUGUUUCGCGCGAAGGCCUAAUUACAACGAUCUCGUGCCAGUACUGCUGGAGAUCGGAGUCUGCGAGGAACUCCUCGUACGCUGCGGACUCACGUUGCACAUUCCGCUUCGACCAAUGCUGGGCAGCAUCACACGCGAUAUGGGCGAGAUGCUCACGAAACUGCAAGGUCGGGAUUUCGCGUGCGAAUUCAAAUACGACGGGCAACGAGCGCAAGUGCACUGCGAUGAGAAGGGAAAGGUCUCGAUAUUCUCACGGCAUCUGGAAGUCAUGACAGACAAAUACCCCGAUCUGGUCGCCCUAGUGCCCAAGAUCCGUGGUGAAGGUGUUGGGAGCUUCAUCUUGGAGGGCGAGGUUGUGGCAGUGGAUCGAGCGACGGGUGAGCUGAAGAACUUCCAAACAUUGACAAACAGAGCGAGGAAAGACGUGGCCAUCGGCAGCAUCACCAUCGACGUCUGCCUCUUCGCCUUUGACCUCAUGUAUCUCAAUGGGCAACCCCUGCUCGACAGGGCUUUCCGGGAAAGGAGAGAGCUGCUACGGUCAUUGUUUGUUGAGAUCCCACAUCAUUUCACUUGGGUCAAGAGCCUCGACGCCACUUCCGAAGACUCCGAGGUCGUGUCGGAAUUCUUCAAAUCAGCCACAGACAUCAAAUGCGAGGGCAUAAUGGUCAAGAUUCUGGACAAUUUGCCAGACCUUGUAUACCAGGGAGACGAGGCUGAGUUGCCUGUUGAAGAAACCGAAAAGCUAGAAUUGCCGAAAUCGAAGAGCAAACCGAAGAGCAAGGCCAAACAGAUGGGCGAUAAAGAAGGUGGCACGAAGAAAGGGGGACGUAGAAAAGCACUUCUGGCUACUUACGAGCCUGACAAGCGGCUUGACUCUUGGCUGAAAGUCAAGAAGGACUACAACUCUACUUUUGAUACACUUGAUCUAAUCCCGAUAGCAGCAUGGCACGGGCAGGGUCGCAAGGCGAAGUGGUGGUCACCAAUCCUCAUGGCUGUGCGCAACGAGGAGACGGGCUCGCUGGAAGCUGUGACGAAGUGCAUGUCUGGAUUCACGGACGCCUUCUACAAGGCGAACAAGGAGUUCUACGACGAUGGCGACGGGGACGACAGCGAGAGGAAGAACACUAGGGCACAGAAGCCAAGCUUCAUUGAGUACUACGGGCCAGAGCCCGACGUCUGGUUUGAACCGCAAGAGGUGUGGGAGAUGGCUUUCGCGGACAUUACGCUUAGUCCAACCUACACAGCCGCAAUCGGUCUCGUCAACGAGGAUAGAGGCCUGAGCCUGAGAUUCCCGAGGUUUCUCAAGAAGCGGGAUGAUAAAGGCAUCGACGAGGCAAGCUCCAGCGAGUUCUUGGCGAAUCUGUUCCGAAAGCAGGAGGCCAAAGCCCCGGCGCUUGCUACUGCGCAGGAAGCACAAGGGGACGGCAUGGACGACGAGGAUUGA